AUGUAUUCUAUGACAAAGACAAAAUAAUGUUCAAAUAGAAAAAAAUAAAAAAAAAAUAAAAAAUUAGAACUUUCAUCGAAAAAAAAAUCUCGUAAGGUUUAUUGUAGUUGCAAUUGUUAGAAUGUCAUGCCAAAUUAAUUUAUUGGGAAAUAUUCCUGAUAUUGAUGAAAUCAGAAAUUUUCUGUUUCAUGAUGAUGAGAAAGAUACGGGUACCGAGUCAUGGCUACAAAAAUGCCUCCUAUCUGUCUCCCCUUCAGGGGAUAUAAUUGUUUUUUGUAAGGGAAGAAAACUGGUUAUAGUAACAUCAAAAUGGGACUCGUCUUCUUCAUCGAGUAUAUUUCAGAUUACUCAUUCUGGUACAAUACAUGAAGUUGAUAAUAUAACAUCGGUUUUGUGUCUACCUAUAGUGGGACAAAGUAAAAGUUCAAACAUCCUUCCAGAUUGGACAUGCAUUCUUGUUGGUUUUGAGUCUGGAUAUGUUCGUGCUUAUUUGGAAACAUGUGAACUAAUUUACGAAGAACAAUUUCACAAUGAACAUAUAGUUUCUAUAAAAUGUCGGUCACAGCAUAGUCCUAGAUCAGAUAUAGCCUUAAUUGUGCGUCCAGAAGAAGUCUAUGUGCAAUAUAAAACAGUUGUGUGCUUCAUUGCAGGGAAGCAAUUCAUCCCAAUAUUAAGAACCAAUAGAGCACAAUUAGCAAGGGCACAAGCCAACAGUGAACUCUUCGAUUAUGAUCAACCAAUUAUGGAGGUAAAGAAAUGGGAAUUUCAGGAUCAGGCUAUCAUUAAAGACAUUGCCGUUGUUGGUCUGUCAAUUUCGAAUCCUUACGACAAUUUACUUGCUGCAUCAACAUGUGGUGGAUUCGAAACCAAAUUCAGUUCAGUGCCCCCUAAUCAUACUCUUGUUAUGGCUGUUGGUAGCAAACCUUUCUUGGGUUUUCAUUUCGCCACUGAAGGAACUAAUCAAGCCAUAUUGAUUGAUGUAGCUAAAAUAGUCGCUAACAAGUUGAAAUCAGCUCUUCCAACCUGGCUAACUGGAAGUGGACAAGCUGAGAAACAUCCCUCCACUGUCCAGCAUCCUGCAGAGCCAAUGGGUUGUAGAUUUGGUUUAUGCGAUUUACAACGCUCAGCCAACUCUAUCAUCCUGACAUCGGACCAUAAGCUGGCUGCAAUUUCUGACAGUUUAGGCCGUGUCAUCAUCAUUGAUACCGAAAAAGGCAUAGCCUUAAAAAUCCUGAAGGGCUAUCGAGAUGCUCAGUGUUCCUUCGUUCAAGUAGAAGAUGAUAGGUAUUCCGGUUCUAAUAAGGGAAACAGAAAAAUUGCCCUUUUCUUAGUUAUCUACUCUCCUAAAAAGGGGACAUUGGAGAUUUUCACAACCCAACAAUUUUUGAAAAUAGCCACAUUUUCUGCAUCAAAACACAGUAGACUUGUCUAUAUAAACUACAGUCUGAUGGGUUUCACUCAACUGACAAAAUCAAAAUACGCAUGUCAGUUCACUACUCUAUUGAUAGACAAUGAUGGCAAAAUGAAAGAAAUCAUGAUUCCCUUCCACUUUUCUUUGAAUGACGAAAGUAGUAAGAAAGCUCGAGAUAUUCAUUUAUACAAAAGAUUAAGAGAGAUGAUACAAAGUGAAAAACCUGUCAAUAAGUGUCUCAAGUCUGAAACACUCAAUACAAUAAAAGAAAUGGAUACAAUGGAGAUGAAAAUUCAAUUGAUUGAGCUACUCUUGAAAUCAAAGAAUUUACCAAUAGAUAUUUUAUUGGAGAGUGCAAUAUAUAUCUUAGAUAAUCUUGGCGAAGAAAAUUGUAAUGAACCUGAGAAUUCCUUCAAAAUUAAAGUGAAAAAUAUUGUUUCCUUUCUGAACUUCUAUAUUUAUAUGAAAAGUGACGAGGAUGAGCAUGCAGAUAAUUGUCCCAUCCUCAAAUUUGGAGAAAAAGAAAUAACCUAUCUGAAGGACCUCUUUAACAACAUAGUUCCUCAAGAGCAACAUCUAAGAGUGAAUUUUGCAGAUGACAAUUCACUGUCUAUAAUCGAAUCCUUAACAAUUUUCAACUUAACUGUUGAUUCAAAAAUUAAUUUAAUGGCAAAAUAUGAUGAAAACACAGUCUACAUUCUUUGCAAAGAUCUUUUUAGUAAACAUAAUGAAAAAUGCAAAAACCUGGAGAGAUUUAGGGAAGAAGUUAUGAAAAGUAAUUUAAACACCAAAGACAUAUUUCAACUACUCAUAAUGUACUGGGUGAACCGCCCAUUGGAUGAUUUUUCAAAUUUAGAGAAUGAAGUCAAUAAUCUCACAAACAUCUUAUAUCACCUCUUGAAAAUAGCAGUAGACACUUCUCCUAGAAAGAUUUCUUUAAGAUAUUAUUGGGAAGAUAUAAGAGAAAUUAUAUUCAACUCAACCAAACCGUUUCCUGCCCUAACAGCCGCUGUAUCCUGCAAAUAUAUCGCUUACAAAAUCGAAAGAGAGUAUGAUUCAGGCAGAUCUGACAUCGCAUUAGAUGACAGUGAUUUAGAAAUAUGGUCCAAAGAAAAUGUUGAGUGGACCAUGCUCAUAGGUAAACUAGAAGAUGUAUCGCUUUUGAACUUGUUGAUAGUCAAGAAACCUGUCAUUACUAAAUAUUGCACUCUUCCUAAGCUAAGCCAUGAGCUGGAUAUAAGCCUCAAGUUUGUACUCCAAAGAAAAGGUUCUGUUAGUGAAUUGGUAUCCCGGUGGUUGACCAUGACUGGGAUUGAGCCAGAACUGAUUGUUCUAAAUGACACUUUAAGAGAUAAACUUUCCAAAGUCCCCGAUUCGAAGGAGGAAGAUUUGGAUAUGCUUUGUCCAAAGGAAAAACGCGAUUUCCUCGAAACUGAAACUCUUUUCAAAGACUUCAAUACGAUAAAAGUCCAUUGGCCGUACAGUUUAGACUCUGGAAUGAUAUUGGCAAAUAUGUGUUGGGAAUAUGCUUUGGAAUGGAAAAAGGAUAUACAGAACCUUCAUUAUUUAGAAGCUUGCAUAUCAUGCCUUAAAGCUAUGCCAAAUUUUUUCGUGAAAUUAGGCUUGUUCAAUUUAGUUUGGAAAACACAUAUGAACCUUCUUUUUGAAAACACUAUCAAAUUGAUAAAUAAAGUUGGAAAGGUUCCAAAGUUGAGAUUAUGUAUACAAGAUACUGGUCUAUCAGAUGUACAAAUCCCUGUAUUCCUAAAGAUUUGCACAGAUUACUUAGACACUUUCACUAAUAUAGUUCAAGAAAUGUAUAAUGUACCGAAAACACCUUUAAAGUUUGAACCGUUAUGGGAGAAUGGCGGGCAGCCCUUAGUUGAAUUAGCCAUCUAUCAAACAAAUAUAAACUACGAACUUCUUCUUGCCCAUUACGAAUUGAGUUUAGUGUUCCACAUGCUAUGUCGGUUUGGCGUUAAAGCAUUGAAACCAAUGCAAAACCUAUUUGACGUCGAAGUGAUCAACGUUUUUUUCCACCAUUUUCAAGAAAGACCUCAUGUAGAUUUUAGCAGAACAGACAGUGGAAUGACAACAGCUAGAUUGCAAUUCUUGAAGAAAAUGAUCAGUUCCAGUGUUGAAUCUAUCACGACCAAAGACGGAGAGGUUUACUUCAGGGAACACUCUGACUGGAUGUCUAAGUUCAAGUUACUGGGAUCGAUAUGGAAAUUGAAACUGGACGUUUUGAGGAUCCAUGAAAACGUUCAGUUAUUCGUCCACGGUUACGAUACCAUCGCACAUGACAUGAUGUGUGUUAUAGAAGAUAAGCACACUCUUGGAAGGCAUCUUCUGAUUAUCGCUGGAAAGAGAAUGUAUAAAUACAUGGGAAAGUCUCCAAACAUCGGUACAGUACACACUUAUCUUACUCCUGCUAUUACCGGAUGGAUUCAAGACCUGAAUAAGGAUUGGGUUGCAGAAAGUUCCCUUAGGGAUAUGUAUCGUUUAACAAGAAUGGCAGUUGCCAACUUGGAUGAAGAUAAAUACGAGCAUAAAUUAGCUAGUAUUCUUUUCGAAGCAAUAGAACAGUUAAUGGCACAAUUUGAUGAUUGAAUUUUUUAAUGUGAAUUUUAACGGGUUACGUAUAUGAAGGUAAAAGUAUUCACCAUAAGUGGGGUCAUCAGUGACCAAUAAGGAGUCGGGAAUGUGAGAAGGCCAUGGAGAGGUAUGCAGCGCUGCCAAAGUGAGAGCUCCAGAAUGUCUGUUAUUGUUAUUUUUUUAUUAACUUUUAAUGUACAAUGAAUGAUUGAUUAGAAUUUUGAAAUUUUAUCGA